AUGUCGAAAAAUUGGAAUGAAAAUAUCGAAACAUUCGCUAAACAUAUACAAAUUUACAAGACGUUAGCUCUUCGAUGGCAAAUCAAUCCAAGUUUUUUACAUCGAAAUUUAAAAUAUGUACAUAUUGCUCGAACAUCAUCUCAUCCCAAUCGUUCGAAUUCGAAUCGUUCAAUCGAAGAAAUCUUCAAAUCACGUCUGAAUGAAAUUUCUCAUAAAUCAACUUCAUCCUCAUUAUUACGUGGUGAAGCUUUCAAUCUACAUUUACGUGGCUGGUCAUACGAUCCAAAUUGUUUACAAGAUCGACGUGGUGUCAAAUACAAUGUUGCCUUUGAUUUAUCAGCUUCAUGUCUAGAAAAAUUAUUUAAUCAAACAUCGAAUGUAUCUCGAACGAUGAAACUCGGUCGUAUAGACUCAAUAUCACCGAAUGAGUUGUCUUCAUCAAUGAACGAUGACGAACUGGACGAAUCAUCGACAAUAUCAUUUCAUGUUUCGACAAAAUAUGUGUAUACAUUAACAUUUUCCAGUACGAUUACAGCAAGUCGUGGCGAUGGAAAUAAAAUCUCCAUGUCUUUUGGAAAACGUGUACAACUCGAUUCGUUAUUCGAUCCCCGACAACCCAUGUCGACAGUUCAAUCGAUUGAACUUCUUCUAACACCUGUACUAAUUGAUGGACAAGAGAUUUCGAAAACGAUUUCGUCACAAUUUCCAGCAACAUUUACCAUAUGUUUCGAUUUAACAAGAGAAGCAGUAGAAAUGGUCAGAAGUGGAGCAUCAACAAGAAAACGACAGCCCAUCUCGCCAAGCAAAAUCCCAGUAUCACAUCAAAAGGAACAACAAUAUCAAGAUCCAAAUGCUAAACGAAUGCGAACAACACAAAAGACAAACAAAACUCCUAAUAAUAGCUUAUCAUUAUGGCGUGAUAAUUCAGCUAACAACGAACAUAGUUCCUCGAUAAAUUUACCACUUUACUAUAGUUUUGUAACAGACAAUAAACAAUGUUUAGCAUCGAGUUACAUGUCAUCGAAAGGACAUUGUUGUCUUUGUCAAUUUACGGCGAUUAAUAAUGAUUUAGAUGUUCUGAUCAAACAUUUAUCAUAUUGUCAUCCAAGAUUUACAGCCUCGAUCAAAAAAAACAGCGAUCGACCGAACAUUGAAUUGCGUUUAAAUGCGUUCUAUGAUGGAUCACUCGAUACAUUUGAUAUGUUUGCUGAAUAUUAUCCACGAAAGCGACGUAUUACGAGUGAACUGAUUCUUUGGCGACCACCACGUUAUCGUCGAUUGGCGAUGGAUGAUGCGCCAUUUGUCUGUCGUCGAGCAGCAUUAACUCGAGUUUAUCGUCAUACGACCGGUGCCCAACCGAUUCAACCAGAACACAUACAAAUCGAUAGUGAUGAUGAAAUUUAUCCUGAAUGGACUCAGCAAUUAUCACGUCGAAUGAUGGAAGAUUUUCAAGAUGUAAAUGAAGGUGAAAAAGAAAUGAUGAUUAUGUGGAAUCAUCAUGUUAUGAAAUAUAAUUUCAUCGCUGAUAGUCAAAUGCCCUACGCCUGUGAACUUUUUGUUGAGAAACAUGCAAAGGAUUUGCGAGAGAAAAAUCUCAUUAAGAACUUCUAUCUUCACUUAGCGACACUUCAAUUAUAUAAUUUAAUCAAGAAAACGGAUUUAGCUAAAUGUAUCAUUCGAUUAAAAGCAAUUUUGGCAUCGACACCAUCUGUUUCAACUUGCACAUAA